CAGCGAACGUGUUGCUGAUAAUUGUGCUAUCGACAGUUCAUGAUGGAUUUCCCAAAUAUAGAAAAAUGUGAGGCUCCUGUUGAGGAGAUUACUGAGAAGAUGCAGAAGUCAUUUUCCAUUGAUGAGGAGGACAUGGAGACCUAUCGCAUGUACAUUAACGAUGGCAAGGAUGCAGCCAGGGAAGGAAAUUUGUCACAAGCCCUAGAGAUGUUCAAGUCAGCCUACAAGAUACAUUCCUCUGAGAAACUUAAAAGCAGAAUGAAGAAGAUUGAGGAGACUUUGCAGGAAAUUGCAAGUCAAGGAUUUGAUGAGGACGAUGACUUUGUUAAUGUGAACGACUCUGGCUUUAUGCUCUUUAAAGAACUGUAUAACAAACUGUAUGAUUAUCAGAAAGAAGGUGUUGCCUUUCUCUAUGGUUUGCAUAGAGAUGGUAAAAAGGGGGGCAUUUUGGCUGAUGACAUGGGAUUGGGGAAGACCAUUCAAAUCAUUGCAUUCCUUUCUGGAAUGUAUGAUCAUGAAUUGGUUAAUUAUACUCUUCUUGUUAUGCCAACCUCACUACUCGCCAACUGGACAAAGGAGUUUGCCAAGUGGGCACCAGGCAUGCGCGUCAAAGAGUUUCAUGGAAGCAAAGCGGAACGUAACCGAAAUUUGGUGAGAAUCCAAAGAAAAGGUGGCGUCGUCAUUACCACAUACAACAUGUUGCUUACCAACUGGGAGCUCCUGUCCUCCUGUAAUGGCCGUGAGUUUCGGUGGGAUUAUGUCAUCUUGGAUGAAGCGCACAAGAUUAAAUCAUCCUCGACCAAAACUGCCAAAAGUGCUCAUGCCAUACCAGCUAAACAUCGCAUCCUUCUCACUGGUACACCUGUGCAAAACAACCUAAGCGAACUGUGGGCACUGUUCAACUUUGCAUUUCAAGGUGCUCUUCUUGGUACAGCGAGAACAUUCAAGACUGAGUAUGAAAACCCAAUCACCCGUGCCAGGGAGAGGGAUGCAACCCCAGGGGAGAAGGCUCUUGGGCUGAAGAUUUCUGAAAAUUUGAUGGCAAUUAUAAACCCUUACUUCAUGAGGAGAACAAAGCAGGAAGUUCAGAUGAAAAAGAAAAAUGACACUGAUGGCAGGCAAAGCACAAUGGAUGUUGAUAACAAGGAGAACGAAAAUCCCAGGGCUGGAGGAGCAGAUAUGCCAACUCUCACAAGAAAGAAUGACCUGAUUGUAUGGACUUACUUGAGUACAAUCCAGGAAGACAUCUACAGACAGUUCAUUUCAUUAGACCACAUUAAAGAACUGCUCACGACCUGUCGCUCACCACUGGCAGAAUUAACCGUCCUGAAAAAGCUCUGUGACCACCCAAGGCUGUUGUCAGCCAGGGCGGUUGCUCAGUUGGGUCUUGAAGAGGGUAUCAACCCCAGGGAGCCUCAUGAUGAAAAUGAGUCUGCUGCCUGCCAAAUUGAUCACAUACCCGAUGAGACCCUGGUGUCUGAAUCUGGCAAGUUGACUUUUCUUGUAGCGCUCCUGGAAAGGUUGCGGGAGGAAGGCCAUCGCACACUUGUGUUCUCUCAUUCAAGGAAGAUGUUGGACAUAAUCGAGCGAGUCUUGACCAACAAAGGAUUCAAGCUCAUGAGAGUUGAUGGCACUGUAAUUCAUCUGCAUGAGAGAGAGCGACGUAUUGCAGUUUUCCAGAAAAACAAACAGUACACUGUGUUUCUUCUAACUACCCAAGUAGGAGGUGUGGGCAUAACACUGACCGCAGCCAACAGAGUGGUCAUCUUUGACCCAAGCUGGAAUCCAGCAACAGAUGCUCAGGCCGUAGACAGGGCAUACCGGAUUGGUCAAACAGAAAAUGUUGUGAUUUACCGGCUAAUCACCUGUGGGACUGUGGAGGAGAAGAUUUACAGACGUCAGGUCUUCAAGGAUUCCUUGAUCAGACAGACCACAGGAGAUAAAAAGAAUCCAUUCCGGUAUUUCAGUCAACAGCAGUUGCGGGAACUCUUCAAACUUGAAGAAACCCGGUCAUCCUCGACUCAACAGCAGCUGCAGUCGAUGCAUUCCAAUCAGCGACGUACUGAUGCUGAGCUCGACGAACAUAUCGCUUACCUGCACUCUAUGGACAUGUUUGGUAUUUCGGACCAUGACCUUUUGUUCUCCCAUGAUGCAGCAGCACAUGAAGACUACCCGGAGGAUCAAGAAUCUCAAUGCUACAUUGAGAACCGUGUGCUGAAAGCACAUGAGCUGAUGAAAGCAGAGUCAGAAAUGCAGAAGCAAUUCGUGGAAAACAUUGCCUCCCGCACAGAACCUGCAUACCUUCGAAAUCCAGGUCCGGGAAAGAGGUCUACUGAAAGCAAGCCAGUCAAAGUACAACCAGCCAUCAGUCCUGUGAGGAUCCAUGUCUCCAAUGAAGUUUCCCCUGCAGUGGUGGACCUCACUCAAUCUUCGCUGGACUCAGACGAGCAUGUGCACAAUCUAAGUAACAAACUAGGUGAAUUUGUUCUUGAUUGUAGCACUGAAUACAAGAAGUCACCUGAACAAGUCAAAAUAGAGGAUGAAAUGUAUUCAAGAAAUUCACCUUCUGUAAUCCAUUCCCUCAUAGAAGUGCACUCAUAUUCAGAGAAUGAAGUAGCAGACCCUUCAGUUCAUGGAGAUGAUGAAAGGAUGACUUCAAUCCAUGGGGAUAAUGACAGUGUUUUGUCAGUGCACGAUAGUAUAAAUGUGGAAGGACUUGCGCAUUCUGACCAUGGAGAGCAGUCCUGCAGAUCUGACAAUCUUGAAAAGGCUGAAGUGCUUCCUACAAUCCAACAUUCUCCAUCAGUUAAUUUUGAUACCAAUGUUGUUGAAUGUGACCCUGCAGUUCAUUGUCAAAUUAAUUCUAAAUGGUCUGUCCUUCAAGAGUCAGACAUUGACAAUGAAGGUGAUCCAGAGCAAUCCUGGAAGUCAAAUUCUGAGUCCUUCCAAGGUAAUUUCAAUUUGCAGUUGGAAGAUAGUGGUGAGGAAAUGUUUCCCGAUAAGGAAAAUGGUGCCCUUGUGGAGGAGAACCCAGGUCUCCAGUUGCAGAUGGAGGCCAGCGUCAAUGUGUCUGCAACAGAGAGUAGAAGUGCCAAUUGCAUUAGUGAAGAAGACCCCACAGAAGACCCUUCCUUAUUGUUUUCAUUGAAAAAAAAGCCCACACAAGUAAUUUAUGACAGUGAAGAAGAGGAAGAAAACUCCAAUCAUGAUAAUGGGGAUUUCCAUUUAAAAAGGUCUUUCAAUGAACCCUUAAAGGGGGUGGAGUGCUCCACUCCAAAGCCUGUCAAGACGGCAAGUUUCCUGUUGUCUUCCACGCCACACAGAAAGAGCAUUGGCCUAAAUGUAUCUGUGGCAUCCAGGAGGUCUUUAGUGGAAUCCAUGAUUGAAGAUGUAGAAGACCUCCUUGAGGAUAUGGAUGCCGAAGAAGCCGAGCAGUCUGGUACUGUUCCGGAAAGCACAGGUUCUUACAGUGAGUCUGUCAUGGAGGAAGAAGAGCCCAGUGGUGAAACUUUGAACACAGAGAGUGAGGAAACGGGAAGCCAGAGUAUGUUUAAUCAAACCGGUGAAGCUGAACCAACAGAUGGAGGAAGCCUUUUGGAAGAAUCAACCGGUGAUUGUGAACUAGCCUCAGGUGAAUCAAUGGAACAGUGCACCCAGGGACAAACACAGAACAACAAUGCAGCCUCCAGCAUUGUUAGCAAAUCCGCACAUCUUCCAGAGGAUGAGUACGAAAGUCUUUUGAGAACCGGGAAAGAAUUCUAUUCUGCAGGGAAACUCGAAGAGGCUUUGGAUUUAUUUCUCAAGGCUAUUGAUAUCAGAAGUGGAGAUCCUGAAAUUCAGUUAAUGACCAUACAGCUUUAUCGCCGGCUUAGCCAGCUGUAAGAUAAUGAGCAAUUGCCCCAUUAGAAAAUUAUAUACUUUAGAUGUUUUUUUUCUUUCUUUCUUUUCCUUGAAGUAAAUUCAAAGAUCAAGUUUGAAAUGUAUUAUUUUUGCUGCCGGCCUUUGAUGUAUUCAUGGAAUGUGUAUUCAGCGCCAUUUUCCUUUCAAUCAUACAAUUAAAUGUGUUCAAAUUCACAUGUUUUUUAAAUGGUCAAUUUGCAGAUUAUUAAUUUGUAUAAUUGUCAAAUGUGUGCCACAAAUUCACAAGACAUUUUUUCACUGAUGAUUCAUUGUAACUUUUCUGCAAGUUCUUUCAUAUGUGGUUUCAGAAAGUGUUUUCUUCAUGUUGCAUCUCAGCAUUUUGAGAUGGAUGAUCUGUCUUAUGACCACAUGAUGGCGCUCAAGUUGUGUUGUAAAAAAAUGCUCAAGAAACUUGCAUAUCCUAUGCCCUAUAUGCUGGUGUCAGUAUUUGCACUUGGCAGUAUAAUAUCCUCGAUUAUGCUUCUUAACCAGUGAAAUUUAAAAGUUUAAAAUGUGUUGCAUUAAUGCAAAGGCAAGAAUGGUCAAUUUAGUUUUUGAACAUUUUUCUGUUGUAUUUGGAGGUCGCUACAUUGCCUGCUAUUUCUCUGGAUGUCCACAGCAAUCUGUGAUUUGACAAAUUGGAUUGUAACAAAUAGGUCACCUACUGAUUGGAUUGGUUACAUGAGUGUGAGCAUGUGGCAAGGCACUCUUUCGAUCUGUUGUAAUGUGAUUCAUAGUGAUGUGAGUGUGCAGGAACUUGUUCAGUAACCCAUAUUUGUGCAGCUGUGUACAGUAGUAUUCCCAUCUUGAGUCCAAUCU